AACUAAUUACUAAUUAAUUAACUACAUUAGGUGGGUAUGGACACCCUACUCCAGGAAUCCUUCCCAGAGUUGGACCCCUGUAUUCAGGAGUACCUCCUGGGCAUGCUUGAUGAUGACACUACAGUAGAGGAUUUAACAUCAUCAGAUGACCUGUUCGACCUGAUUGGGCCGUUUAUUUUGAACGGUUGUUCAGAUGUGAAGGAGGGAAAAGUAAUGAAGCUGUGUGCGGCAAUGUAUGACACCCUCAACAUACCCACCUCCAACAGUCAGCAGACCAUUCUCAGCGCUCCAAUCCAGAUUUCUAACAUGACAAUCGCCGACACCAGCCAGCUGAGCGGGAACAUCUGGAAGGCCACAAAAGGAGAAAACUCAACAAUUGUGAACAAACAGAAACUGGAGAAGGCAGAAGCUAAGCAGCGGGAGAAAGCGGAGAAGAAACUGUUUAAUGAAGCAAACAAGAAACCACCUCCUAAAGCUGUGCACAACGACUCAGGAACAGUGCAGCAGGCAGUAAACAAGAAGGACCAGUAUCUGACGGCUAAAAGUGAUAUCCACAUUAACAACUUUGAUCUCAUGUAUGGAGAGAAGAAACUGCUCAUGGAUGCCAGUCUUACAAUCAAUUACGGACACAGGUACGGUUUGGUUGGAAGGAACGGUUACGGAAAGUCUACACUGAUGAACGCAAUAGCAAAGAGAGAACUGGCAGUACCUCCUGCUGUUUCUUUGUUACAUGUCGCUCAGGAAGUGGAGGGAACUGAUGUACUGGCUAUUGCUAGUGUACUGGAGUGUCACACUGAACUAGCUGAGCUGAGGAGAAGGGAGAAGGUCGCUCAGGAUACACUGGCUAAGGAUGAAAAUAAUGAAGCUGCUGGAAAGGAACUCUCAGCGGUGUUUGCGAAGUUAGGAGAAAUUGAGGCAGACAAGGCGGAGUCCCAAGCUGCUACUAUUCUAUCUGGCCUCGGUUUCAGUACUCGGAUGCAAGGAAUGGCAACCAAGGAGUUCAGUGGAGGAUGGAGAAUGAGACUAGCACUAGCUCGAGCUCUCUUCACUCAACCGGACCUCCUCUUGCUUGACGAACCUACUAACAUGUUGGAUAUCAAGGCUAUCAUUUGGUUAGAGCAGUAUUUACAGAGCUGGCCGACAACACUACUGGUAAUCUCUCACGACUUCAGUUUCCUAGACGCAGUAGCUAACAUGAUCUUCCAUCUCCACUCUGCGAAGAUAGACACCUACAGGGGAGACUUCCAAACUUUCCUCAAGUCUAAGACUGAGAAGUUGAAAGCCCAACAAAGCGAAUACGAAGCACAACAAGCUGAACGAGCUCACAUCCAGGCGUUUAUAGACAGAUUCAGAGUGAAUGCUAACAGAGCAGCCCUGGUGCAAAGUAAGAUCAAGAUGUUGGAGAGGAUGCCAGUGUUGAGGGCUGUGGAGCCGGAGAAGGAGGUGGUGUUUAAGUUCCCUGAUGUGGAUAACAACCUAGCUCCUCCCAUUCUCCGUCUGGAAGCAGUUACAUUCCAUUACUCGCCCGAGUGCCCUAUGUUUAAGAAAAUAGACAUUUCCGCUGACAUGGAUUCUAGAAUCUGUCUUGUUGGUGAUAACGGAGCGGGUAAAUCAACUUUGUUGAAACUUUUAAUCAAAGAGCACGAGCCAUUGGACGGUUACUCGUUCCACCACCGGCACUUGAGGGUGGGCUACUUUAGUCAGCAUUUUGUGGAUCAGUUGUUGAUGGACGAUUCUCCAGUAAGCUUCAUGGGAUCUAAGAUGCCCGGCACUAGCUCGGAACAGUGCAGGAGGUUAUUGGGAAGGUUCGGUAUAUCUGGGGAGAUAGCUAUGAGACCUAUUAGUACGCUCAGUGGGGGUCAAAAAAGCAGGGUAGCGUUUGCAGUUUUAUGUGCCAAAGAGCCUAAUUUCCUUGUACUUGACGAACCUACGAAUCAUUUAGACAUGGAGACUAUAGAAGCACUUGGGGCGGCAAUAAAGGCGUAUAAAGGAGGAGUAGUGAUGGUUUCUCACGACGAGCGACUCAUAUCCAUGGUGUGUACCAUGUUGUGGUGGUGUCACGACCACAAUGUUAGUGUGUUGGAGGGAGGCAUCAGGGAGUACCGCCGUCUUAUGGAGCUGGAACUCAAGAACUAGAGAGAAAAUGAUGAAACUGACGUGGGAGAAUGUUGAAAGUGAUCCUCAAGUUGGGACUUUUUGAUCGUCAAGUUGAGACUCUGACCAUCGAGUUGGGAUUCUCUGAUCGUGCUUGCUCCUGUUUUUAUCUGUUUGAAUUGUCAUUGAAUAAACUAAUGAAGUUGAAAUUGAUGUGCAUAUUUCUGUAGAUGUAUAAACCUUUUUUUUAUUUGGGC